AUGGAGAGAUACACGCAGUUCCGCGACAAAGGGUCCGGAAUUGCUCCCUUCCUACCCGUUCCGCUGCAACCUGCGCCUGGUUGCUGUCCACUUCCGAUCCGGGCGUUGCUCUUCAUCAUCCGUCUCCCGUUUCUCAUUUUCUUUUUCGUGGCUUACUUCGCCGUUCUGCAGUGGCUGCCAAUAGGAUCGCUUGGAAAGAAAGCCGCAUUAUGGUCUAUACUGGCGGUACCUAGUAUAUGGUGGAUUGACUUGCAAGUUGAAGGAGUGAGGAAAGGCCACCUCUCACGGCAGCAAUCCCGGCUUCCGGGCCCGGGCUCUAUCAUUGCAGCCUCGUUUACAUCUCCAAUUGAUGCGCUUUACCUCGCCGCCAUCUUCGAUCCGAUUUUCACGGCGUCAUACCCAACCACCAGGGAAGUGGAGGAGAUCUCGCUCUUUGAAGCGAUCCUGCGCGCCUUCGACUCACCUGAGACUCACUACGCUCCUCGGCGGAACGCGAAGACCACCUCCCUUUCCCAAUUGCAGCGCAAAUAUCCCGGUCGCCCUAUUGUCACUUUUGCCGAAUGUACCACCACCAACGGCCGCGGUAUUCUCCCGCUCUCUCCCUCGUUGACGAAGAUCGGAUCUACGUCGAAGAUCUUCCCCGUUUCCAUACGCUACCAGACUGAGGAUAUUGUCACCCCAAUACCGGGCCAUUAUAUUGGCUUCCUUUGGUCCCUGCUCAGUAAACCAACUCAUUGCAUCCGCGUCCGCAUCGCGGAAUCUGUCACGAUGGCCGGUAGUGGCAACGGCAUGACCGAGAAAAUGAAGAAGUCUAACUACGAUACUAACUACUUUGAUCUUUUAGACGAGGUAAGUGCAUCCAAAGGAGGAGUGGCUUCUUCGAGGGAUAGGGUGGAAAUUGACCUUAGCCCUACCGAGAAGAACCUUUUGGAUACGGUCGGGGAUGCGCUUGCGAGGUUAGGCCGGGUGAAGCGGGUUGGCUUAGGGGUUGCUGACAAGAUUGAUUUCUUGGAGGAGUGGAGGAAGAUGCAUCCGGCGUGAAGUCUAUCAUGGACUAAUCCAUGGUGCACUCUCAUUUUAUAUUCUUACGUGAUUGGAUAUGGUAUGGGUUGUACCGGCGUACAAGUUGUAUAGGCUCUAGCUCAGGUACUCAUACUUUAAAUACGUGGACC